UCUUCGACACUCCACCGCCUCUUUCAUGAGCGGCAGCAUGCAUCAUAUCAUGAGCCACGAGCUCAAAGGCUUGGAGACGUUCAUCGCGCAGGGCGUGGCCGCCCUCCCAUCGCUCACGUCGGACGCGUCCAUCAAGAGCGCGCACAAGACAUGCUCGACGUACCACGCCAAGUGCUCUGGCUUGCUUCGCGAAGUGCUCGAACACAUGGCUCAUUACUCCCCCAAGCAUUGCAAACUCGUCGCCGAAAUCUGGGACGUAGCGUCCGUGAACGUGUUGUUGCUGUUAAAGGUGUGCCAAGCCUCCGUGCAGGAAAAGCUCCAAGUGAAGGAGGACUUUGCCCAGUUCAACAGGUUUAGUCAAACGUGUGCUAGCGAUCAAUCUGCACAUGUAGCAGCUCUCGUAGCCACAGUCGACGCGUUAAAAGGCGAAUUGCGUGAAACCAAAGCCGAGAUGCAAACGAUGCAGCGACGUCUAGGACGCGCGGUGUUUGAAAAGGAACGGCUAGAAAAGAUCUUGGAUCGAGUGACAAGUGCAGCGAAUGGCAGCACAGUCGACCCGUACGACUCGGACGAAGACGACGAGAUGGAAGCUCAAGGGUUUUUGAUUCGCCAUGGAGACAUUAUGCAAUACCACGAAGUGACGCCGUUGGAAUCAGUGGUGGACGACCUCGAUAAGCUGUUUAUGGCAAUCGAUCAAGAAACUGGUGGCCAACUAACUACCCUGGGCAACCUGGAUCGGUACAUGGAUUCAAAUUUGGUGUCCAUUUUGUGGAAGCAUCAGGCGACCACCCACCGCAAUCCGUUUGUCGAGAAAAUGUUUUGCCUCGAAGCCAAAGCCACACAAACCGACGACUUGAGCAAUACGCACGGCGAUGACGACACCGACCGCCAAUCAGAACUGGACGAAUCCCUGCAAAGCCCCCGCAUGCGCAAGAAAAUCCUCGCAAUUCCAUCGUGUAUUCGAUCGUUAUUGGACACCGUGCCCAAAGUCCAUAAAAUGCUCGCCAAACAUUCGCUGGGCCACACCAUCCUCACACUGUAUCUUCGUAAACUCGACAACGAACGGACGAAACCCAACCUGUCGUUUGCGUUGUCAAUUCGUGAAUUUUUCAUGUUUAAAUUCGGCUUGAAAUCGCUCACAGACUUUCAUCUGGUCGAGUUGGUCAAAAGUGUCAUAUACGCCCGGCGUAAACUUGACAAUUUUUCCGCGCGGUACGAGAGCGAUAAAAGUGGCUGCAAUUUGGCGUGGGACGACGGGCGGAUUUUUCUAUUUGGGCGAUUUUUAAAUAUAUUUCCCGACGAGGCGUUGUGUUCGUACCUGCCAGACGAAGGGUUUGCCACGAUGCUCGACUUUCUGGGCGAUGUCUUGGAAUUAGAUCCAACGGUGCCGUCGCUGCAAUCAGUGUUGGACAUCGAUGGACCGGUGAUGGUGACGCGAGAAGUCGUUGUGUUUGUAUGGAAAACUCACUUUGGAUACAUGGCUCCUGAUGUCCUCACCAAGGUCGAGUACGACCUAAACGAACACGAUCGAGAUCACGCGAGCUCGGUCGAGUUGGACUGGGUGCUGUCAUAUGUGCUGUUUCAGUGGAGCAAUGCUGAGCUCGAGUUGGAUGCGACGGUCCGUCGCGCGUUUCGGGAGGUGCUUAUGGCUACAAGCGGCACCCACCAGUCCAACCUGCUGCUGCAAAUGGACGGGUACAUGGCUCAUUUUUCUGUAUAUAUGUAGAUUUAUAUAUAUAUAUUUGCUUGGUGAUUUCAUACAAUCGUACAAAAUUGGCAGAUUAUUUGGUGAAAAGCACCAAAUCAAUGUAACGACGGUCUUUCGGUAUCCAUGACGUAGGUUCGUCUCGGCCGUGCAGCAAGUGUGGCCAGACUGCGUCGACCACGACAUGCAGCACUUGUAUAUGGACAUGAUGGCGACCAAGCGCGAGAACUUUAGGCUCGCGAGCGAGCGCCGCCGCAAGGAAAAGCUCCGGGCCGCCAAGACCACCCAUGUUGCGUUCACUACUGUGCUCGGUAUUGACGGUGUGUUUGAAGAGGAGUUCGUUGCCCAAGUGGGCAAAGUGCUGCGGGGGAGGCGCGUCAAGUGGGGAAUUCGAACGCGGGGCCAGUUGUUGUGGCACGCGGCCAAGGGAACGUGGGUCGGUGGCUACGGCAAAGUCAUCGCGAACGCAACCUUCCAAGAGAACAUGCUCAAGCCAGGAACCAAACUCGCAUAGGUGUUCCAAAUGCAUUAAAAUAUAGAGUGCACUUUUAUAAUAAUAUUUGUUUGGUUACG